AUGGCUGUUCUGCCAGAGGGCCGUGUGGGCUCGCCCCAACGUACCGACUAUGAAGUGGACAAUGCGCGAAGGGCUCGGGAAUUCUACCAUUACUUCCAACCAGACAACCUGAUCCAACCUCAUCUUCGCCGCCGCCCCUCUGUCCUCGAGAUCUCCAGCGGCGAGGUCCCCGACCUGAGCAGAGCGCUCUCGCCGAUCGCUCAGCUGACUACUCUCCGCAUGAACUGCAGAAAGACAAUGAUCAAUGUCAUGGACCGCGAUAUCAUGUAUUUCCUGAGCGAGGCCACAAAGAUAUCGACCGAGGAUGGUGAGGGGACGUAUCAGUUCGUCGAAGAUCCCAUAUUCUUGGCCUGCAGUUCUUUGCCGCUCAAGGGCAGGAUCUGUGAGUUGACGCUCAGACUUGACGACAACGAGGACUCUCCUUCACCCCUGUUCGUCAUCAAUGACCUUACCCAGUCCCAAUUCGCGAAUAUGGAGAUCAUUACCGGGCCCCCGUACUACCGCUUCUAUGCUGGAGUUCCCAUAAGAACAAGAGACGGAAUCAAUAUCGGUAGUCUGGCUGUUAUGGACACCCUGGCGCGCCCAGAUGGUCUCACCCCCGCGGAGCAAUCCUUUUUGGCCACUACGGCCGGACAGAUAAUGCUUUUUCUUGAGACGAACAGACAGGCUAUCGAAGGACGUCAAUCGCGAAGAAUGGCCGAAGGGCUAGAGGCUUUCAUUGCCGGUCGCAAAAGCAUUCACGACGACAAAACAGGAUAUAUGCAGUUAAAGCAGAAGUCUAAAACCACGUACGGGCUAGCCGUUCCUCCUCGGGGUGACUUUUCUCCAGCACCAGCGAAGCCCUUUGGCGUCAAUGCCGUCGCGCUUGAACACGUCGACGAUGUCAGCACGUCCGGGCAAUCCUCAGAAACAGAAGACGUGCCCGCGGGCGAUGAUUCGGACUCAGAGUUGAAAACGCACACCAAGACGUUUGGGAGAGCCGCAAAUCUACUGCGAGAAUGUCUGGGAAAUCUGGGCGAAGAUGGAGCUGUGGUCUUUCUCAAUAUUGGGCCUAGCCUCAACGAGCUCAGAAGGAAGCGUGGAGCUACUCUUGGGAGUACUGGGGGAGCUGUCAAAGGCGAUAUUCAGAGGCCUGUCGCGAAACCGUCAGUCGUGGCCUACUCUACGCACACCAAUCAUUUGAUGCCAGAAAGGGGCACGGAUGAGAGGAUGAAAAUCCUGGAAGGGGAGAUGCUGAAGGACUUGAUCGGGCGAUACCCAGGGGGACGAUUGUUUACCUUCGACGCCAGUGCCUCGUCCUCGUCUGAGGAUGACACGAAUAUUUCGAAACGAUACGGGAGGGUGUCAGAUCAACCCCUGAGGCAGAGCCGCCGGAAACAGCUGGAGCUCGGCGCCCUUCAUGCCAUGUUUCCCGCUGCGGGACAAGUCCUGUUUACUCCUCUUUGGGAUGCUACUACGGGCUCGUUCGCCUACGCUUGCUUUGUCGCAACCGCCGUGGAGACACGGUCCUUCAAUUCUUCUAUUGAAUUACCUUUUUUGAAUUCAUUCUGCAACACGUUGAUGGGUGAAUGCUCGCGGUUGGACACGAUUCUCGCUGACAAGCAAAAGAGCGAUUUUGUCGGAACCAUCUCUCACGAAAUGCGCUCGCCUUUACAUGGCCUUUUGGCCAGCGUCGAGUUCCUUGCCGAAACGGACCUUUCUAGCUUCCAAAGAAGCCUGAUCUCCACCAUUGACUCGUGCGGCCGGACCUUGCUCGACACGAUCAACCACGUGUUAGAUUUCUCCAAGAUUAAUUCGUUCCAGAAGCAUUGGCAGGCUUCGAACAAAAAGCAUAGCCAUAGCUCACGCCGCUACACCUACCUAGGGCCUGAGAACACGUCCAAGUCAAUCUCCCAUGGUGCGCCAGCACUGCUACAGCUCUUGGGUGUGGUAGACGUCUCUGCGGUCCUAGAAGAAGUGGUUGACGGUUUGGUCCUUGGCCAUACGUACACUUCCGGCCUGGACCUGACAGAUAUGUCACGCGAAGCCCGAGGACGCGGCAAGACUCUGGACUAUCAGACGCCCCACUCCGAUCCAGUCAAGAUCACUCUUGAUGUGCAGAAAGCCGAUUGGACUUUUCUGACGCAGCCGGGAGCUGUACGCCGGAUCAUCAUGAAUCUCAGUGGCAAUGCAAUAAAGUAUACAAAUCAGGGCAGCAUUAACGUCCGCCUCCAACUCCUCGAUGCACAAGAGGACGGAGGUGGGGAAUCCAUGGUGCUUACAGUUGCAGACACUGGGAAAGGAAUCUCUCAGGAGUUUCUGAACUCGAAGCUCUUCGUUCCGUUCGCGCAAGAAAAUGCUCUUGCCCCGGGCACUGGCCUUGGAUUGAGCAUUGUCCGCAGUAUUGUGCUGAUGCUAGGUGGCACCAUCGAUGUGAAGAGCAAAUUGCAGGAGGGUACCACCGUCGAAGUUACUCUGCCAGUCAAGAGACCUCUGCCUGGGCAGACCUCAACGCAGACCACGCCAUAUUCCGACGGAGCCGCUGGCGCAAACUCCACCGGAGGUUCAAGUGUCGACAAUUCCCUCCUUACUUUGCGAGACCAAUGGUCUGACGCGACUGUAACACUGUGGCAAUCUGAGCCGCAGUCAGAUAACGAGCUUCAGCGGAUCGUCAGGUCGUACGUGCAGGAUUGGUAUGGUCUCCAGUUUCUGGAUCAGCGACUUUGCGAUAGCGCAAGUGCUGUGAUUGUUGAAGAGGAAGACUUGGACCCCUUGCUAAACAGACUGGUGUCCACACCAGGACGGCGACCCGCUCUAGUGGUGAUGUGCUCUGUCUUAUCGAGGCACAGCGCUGCCUUGGUACAGUCAGUGGAAGAGCGGAUAUGUAGUGCGGUCGAAUUCGUUUCAGAACCGUGUGGACCCCACAAGCUGGCUCGCAGUAUACGGCUCGCUCUCGAGAGGCAAAUGAAUGUCCGAGCACAAUUUUCGCAGGCUGUGGACCAGAGAGUCAAUUUCCCGCUGGUUGAAACAGAUCUCUCUCCCAUUCUGGCAGACUCGGAAUCAGUCACCGAAAACUUGGCGGAGCUGGACCUCAAUCUACCGGGCGAAACCGACGACGCAAAGUUGGUUCAAGCCACCGAGACAUUUGCCGCAUCACAGGCAAGCCACAACGCCCAAAUGGCUCUCCAUGAUCCUAUCACGGCGUUGCGGACUCCUCGGAAUCAUGUGAGUGAAGGCGAUGCAUUCCCAUUCCCGAUGCACGCUCAGGCAAACUCGAGAAUGCGCCGCGAGAGCGAUCGAAGAUCAACGCCUCUCGACACCGGAAGUGAUGCAGCCACUCCCCAAUCCGAGUCUGCGGGUCACUCGCUAUCUCCAGUAGCAAAGCAGCCGACUCCUAGCAAAAUUGACCCUCGCGUCCUGCUUGUCGACGACAACAAAAUCAACCUCAGGUUGCUCGAAACAUUUCUGAAGAACAAACGCGCCUAUGGUACUAUCGAACAAGCCGAAGACGGCCAGCAAGCGGUGGACGCGGUCAAAGCAGCCAAAGAACCUUUCGAUAUCAUAUUCAUGGACAUCUCAAUGCCCGUCAUGGAUGGUUUCGAAGCGACUCGCGCGAUCCGCGAGUUCGAGGAUGGGUAUGGCACCAAACCUGGGGCGAUGAUUAUCGCCUUGACUGGGCUCGCAAGCGCUCGUGACCAGAGCGAGGUGUUCAACAGUGGGUGCGACAUAUACAUGACGAAGCCAGUAAGCUUCAAAGAAGUGGGCAAGCUUUUGAACAAUUGGGAAGCCCAUAGAAACAAUAAUGCGACGUCGGGACCGGACUGA